CAUGGCUCGACCCCAACAACGCUAUCGAGGUGUCCGCCAGAGGCAUUGGGGCUCCUGGGUCUCCGAAAUCCGCCACCCUCUUCUGAAGACAAGAAUAUGGCUGGGGACGUUCGAAACUGCGGAAGAUGCAGCUAGAGCGUACGACGAAGCAGCGAGGCUUAUGUGUGGAACAAAGGCAAGAACUAAUUUUCCGUUUAAUCCCAAUGAGCCACAGUCGUCUUCUUCCAAGUAUCUCUCUGCAACUUUGACGGCGAAGCUUCACAAAUGCCACAUGGCUUCGCUCUCACUUCAAAUGGCCAAUAAGCAGAAACAGCCACAGCAACAAGAACCACCUCAGAGGCCUAACUAUAACCACCAUAGCUACCCAUGUGCCUCCAGCAAUGGCAUUGGCGGAACGAGUUCCGACGCGGGAUUCCGGUGGCCGGAGAUGAGACCUGAGGAAUCCCAAUGGGUGGUAGAAGGCCAGGGAGAAGAAGUUGGGCCAGUACUUGAAGAUGAUCACAUAGAGCAAAUGAUUCAGGAGUUGCUUCAUUAUGGCUCCGUCGAGCUCUGCUCUCUUGGCUCAGCCUAGCCUAGCCUCCAAAAUUAUGCUUUUUCCUUCUUCCAAGACAUUAAAUUUAGGUAUAAUCAUUUGAAGGGGUUGCCAUCAGUUCUCC